GACACGAAAAUAAAUAUACACAAAUAUAAACAAACACUCUGGGACUUGCCACUUCAUAACCAACAGUCAAAACCCCACCAUCCUACACUACCUGGCUAGGCUUACAAAAGAGGAAAUCAAGCAUAUGCACUUAAGUUUCUCAUUCCCAUCAUCACCCAUCUCCUUCGCAAUGUCCAUUCUCUCUGCAAUUUUCCUCUUUCUAAUCUCUUCGAUCCAUCCAAUCUUCGCAGCAAACACCAACUCCACUGUCUAUGAAGUUCUCCAAGAUUACGACUUCCCUAUCGGUCUCCUUCCGAAAGGAGUCACAAGCUACGAAUUGAACACUUCAACAGGUAAAUUCUCGCUUCGCCUAAAUGAAACUUGCACUUUCAAGAUCGAAAGCUAUGUGCUCAAGUACAAGUCUAAAAUCACUGGCGUCAUUGAGAAAGACAAGCUGUCUAGCUUGAGCGGUAUCCAGGUUAAAGUUCUUUUAUUUUGGCUUAGCAUUACUGAAGUCAUUCGCAAUGAUGAUGAGCUUGAAUUCUCUGUUGGGAUCGCUUCUGCUAAUUUUCCUAUUGGAAAUUUUGACGAGUGUCCUACUUGUGGAUGUGGGUUUGAUUGCGAUGAUGUGAAUUCGAGAGAGAUUAAGAUCAAUCGUCUGGUCUCUUCUUCUUGAUUAAUUUGGGGAAUUUUGAGCUUUGAAUGUUACCGAAAAGAAUAAAUGAAUGUGAUCCAGUUUUUGAUUUUUGUCUGAACAUCUUGUGGGUUCUGUUUGCACGUUUUGCUUUUAUGCGAGAGUUUUGAUGUUUGUUUAGAUCAUGACAGUACCAGAAAUAAGUAUUGGCAACGUGUAAUUUGAAUUUGCAUUAGAUAUCAAAUGCCAGUUAUUGCUUUUA